UUAGGUUGUUAGAAAGUUAAUGGCUGGGGGAAAGAGAUCCUCCUCAACCCUCGCUUCGGGAGAGUUUCUGGAUUCCCUGAAGUAAAAUAACGCAAAUAUCCAAAAAGAAAUAGUCUGGGCGGACAUACGAGUGAUCGGCUAGCUCGGCAACGCACGUAUCUUGAAAACAAGUAUGCAGGAUGCAGUAGCCGGGACGGCAAUGCUGACGGACGGCUUCGAGGACGAGAUUGACUCGGUGACUCCUCGCUCCCCGGUGGGAGCUGGGAUCGGGGUAGGAGCGACACCAGCAGGAGUCGGACUUGGGGGCAUUGGGAUUGGCGUGGGAGGCAAGAAAGUUCGUUUGUACGGCGAACCUGGCGGACCUACAACAGACAGACUGGAUUUCAAACUAGCGGCCGCGGCCGUCCUCUCCUCGGGUCCAGGAUCCGGCAGCGACGAAGACGAGGUUUCAGAGGUGGAGUCCUUCAUUCUGGACCAGGAGGACUUGGAUAACCCCAUAAUGAAGACCGCGUCAGAGUUGCUUUUGUCGAGUGCUACAGAUGGCGUAGAUUUGAGAACUGUUGAUCCAGAGACUCAGGCACGACUCGAAGCUCUACUUGAAGCCGCAGGCAUCGGUAAACUGUCCACUGCCGAUGGUAAAGCUUUUGCAGACCCUGAGGUGCUACGGCGACUGACGUCAUCUGUGAGCUGCGCCCUUGAUGAGGCUGCUGCAGCCCUGACUCGAAUGAGAGCUGAAAACACACUCAACGCUGGCCAGGCCGAUAAUUUGGUUAUUUUCAGCCGUAGUUUAGCGGAGGCGUGCUCGGACGGGGAUGUCAACGCUGUACGCAAGUUGUUGGACGAAGGGAGGAGUGUAAACGAACACACAGAGGAAGGAGAAAGCCUGCUCUGCCUUGCCUGCUCAGCUGGCUACUAUGAACUUGCACAGGUUCUUCUGGCCAUGCACGCCAACGUGGAGGAUCGUGGCAUCAAAGGGGACAUAACGCCACUUAUGGCUGCGGCCAGCGGAGGUUAUGUGGACAUAGUCAAACUACUUCUCGUGCACGGAGCAGAUGUCAAUGCUCAGUCCUCCACGGGCAACACAGCUCUGACGUACGCUUGUGCUGGGGGCUUCGUGGAUGUGGUGAAGGUGCUCCUCAAAGAGGGUGCCAACAUUGAGGACCACAACGAGAACGGACACACACCUCUGAUGGAGGCGGCCAGUGCAGGCCAUGUGGAGGUGGCCAGGGUACUGUUGGAAUACGGGGCUGGUAUUAACACUCACUCCAAUGAGUUCAAAGAGAGUGCGCUCACACUCGCCUGCUACAAAGGUCACCUUGAUAUGGUACGUUUUCUGUUGGAGGCUGGCGCAGACCAGGAACAUAAAACAGAUGAAAUGCACACAGCCUUGAUGGAAGCCUGCAUGGACGGCCAUGUGGAGGUAGCGCGGCUGCUGUUGGACAGCGGUGCACAGGUCAACAUGCCAGCUGAUUCUUUCGAGUCGCCUCUCACCCUUGCUGCCUGUGGUGGACACGUGGAGCUCGCUGCUUUGCUAAUUGAAAGAGGAGCCAACCUGGAAGAGGUCAACGAUGAGGGCUACACUCCUCUGAUGGAGGCUGCAAGAGAAGGCCACGAGGAGAUGGUAGCUCUGCUGCUAGCUCAAGGUGCAAACAUCAACGCACAGACAGAGGAGACGCAAGAGACAGCUCUGACUCUGGCAUGCUGUGGCGGCUUCUUGGAAGUGGCCGACUUCCUCAUCAAAGCCGGGGCUGACAUUGAACUGGGAUGUUCGACUCCUCUCAUGGAAGCAGCACAGGAAGGCCACUUGGAGUUGGUUAAAUACCUUCUGGCGGCUGGGGCAAACGUUCAUGCGACCACUGCAACGGGUGAUACUGCAUUAACGUAUGCUUGUGAGAAUGGACACACAGAUGUGGCAGAUGUGUUGUUACAAGCUGGAGCUAAUCUGGAACAUGAGUCUGAGGGGGGGCGGACUCCUUUGAUGAAGGCUGCAAGAGCGGGACAUCUCUGCACUGUGCAGUUCCUAAUCAGCAAAGGUGCUAAUGUGAACAGAGCCACAGCCAACAAUGAUCACACAGUGGUGUCUCUGGCCUGUGCUGGAGGACAUCUGGCUGUGGUGGAGUUGCUGCUGGCACAUGGUGCAGAUCCUACACACAGACUCAAAGAUGGUUCCACUAUGUUAAUUGAAGCUGCUAAGGGUGGUCAUACAAAUGUUGUGUCCUACCUUUUGGAUUAUCCAAACAACAUCCUGUCUGUCCCAGCACCUGAUCUUUCCCAACUCACUCCCCCUUCGCAAGAUGCCUCUCAGGUCCCUCGUGUUCCAUUCCAAGCUCUCGCCAUGGUGGUUCCUCCUCAAGAGCCAGACCGUGCUCCAUCAAACAUCUCAACUCCUCCUCCCGUCUCCAAUAAAGGUAUGUCCAAGCAGCGACAGGCGGCCCUUCAAACCAGUGUCCCAAGCUCAGUGGGCCGAGGUCCUGAAAAUGAGCAACUCCCGCCCUUUCACUUGUGCCAACCCCUGGAGUGCAUCGUAGAGGAGACGGAGGGGAAACUGAACGAGCUAGGCCAGAGAAUCAGCGCCAUUGAAAAGGCCCAGCUUCAGUCGCUCGAGCUCAUUCAGGGGGAGCCGCUCACCAAAGACAAAAUCGAGGAGCUGAAGAAGAGCAGAGAGGAGCAGGUGCAGAAGAAGAAGAAAAUCUUGAAGGAGCUUCAGAAGGUGGAACGCCAGCUACAGCUGAAAACACAGCAACAAUUCACCAAAGAGUACAUGGAAGUGAAGGGCUGUAAAGAGGAGCAGGAGCCAGGGCAGAGCCAGGGUCCUGGCCCGGGGCCUGGAAAUGUGUUGUGUGCUCCCGAACCCCUCCCUGUCGUACCUGGCUCCCAAGUACACACCAGCUCUGAUACGGAUGAAGAAGCCAACAAAGAUGGGGAGCUGCAGGAGCAACCAGGAGAUGAGGGAGAAGAGGAAGAGGACGGGGAUAAUGAGUAUGAGGAGGACGACGAGGGCUCGGAGGAAGAGCCAGAAGCCGAAGAUUUUACCAAGCUUCCGCAAGUGGGCACAAUUCUCUACAGAGAUGGCCCUCAACCACCGCAGCAGCCUCCUCUACCGCCAUCACCACAGACCCAGUCCCAGCCGCCCCCGCCGCCUCUCCAAGCUGCUUUCGUUCCUAUCCAGCCACUGCCUGACUACAACCCAGCGGACUAUCCAGGAAGCACCAGCCCAGAGCUACAGAGGGUGCUCGUAGGGCAGCAGAUGUUGAGUCAACAGCAGCAGGGCCAAGGUCAACAGUUAGCAGGUUUGGGUCCUGGAAUGAUACCUCAGCAGACCCCAGACGGACUCAUGGUGGCUACGCCUGCACAGACGCUCACAGACACACUGGAUGACAUCAUGGCAGCUGUGAGCAGUCGGGUUCCAAUGCUGAACACAACAACUUCACCCACGCCCCUCUUCCAGCCACCAACACAGACGCCUACAAACAUUGCAUCACCACCUUCUGUCUUACCCCUCUACCCCUCUGUCGACAUUGACGCGCAUACUGAGAGCAAUCAUGACACGGCACUGACACUGGCGUGUGCAGGCGGCCAUGAGGAGUUGGUGUCUGUCCUUAUCGCUCGAGGAGCUAACAUUGAGCACAGAGACAAAAAAGGUUUCACCCCUCUAAUUCUGGCUGCCACUGCCGGUCACGUUGGUGUCGUCGAGGUGCUGCUGGACAAAGGGGGCGACAUUGAGGCUCAGUCGGAGAGAACCAAAGACACGCCGCUCUCUUUGGCUUGUUCUGGGGGACGUCAAGAGGUUGUUGAGUUGCUGCUGCUGCGUGGUGCAAAUAAGGAACAUCGCAAUGUCUCGGACUAUACACCUCUGAGUCUUGCUGCUUCUGGGGGAUAUGUCAACAUCAUUAAGAUUCUCCUCAACGCUGGAGCCGAGAUCAACUCCAGGACCGGGAGUAAACUUGGAAUCUCUCCCUUGAUGUUGGCAGCGAUGAAUGGUCACGUCCCGGCUGUGAAGCUCCUGCUGGAUAUGGGCUCUGACAUCAAUGCCCAGAUCGAGACCAACAGAAACACAGCGUUGACAUUAGCCUGCUUCCAGGGCCGGGCUGAAGUCGUCAGCCUUCUCCUCGAUCGCAAGGCUAACGUAGAGCACCGUGCAAAGACUGGUCUCACUCCUCUGAUGGAGGCAGCUUCUGGUGGCUAUGCUGAGGUGGGUCGAGUGCUGCUGGAUAAAGGCGCUGAUGUCAACGCUCCCCCUGUCCCUUCGUCACGAGACACCGCCCUCACCAUUGCUGCUGACAAGGGCCACUAUAAGUUUUGUGAGCUGCUUAUAAACAGGGGCGCCCACAUUGAUGUGCGCAACAAGAAAGGAAACACACCUCUGUGGUUGGCGGCCAACGGUGGUCACUUUGAUGUGGUCCAGCUUCUGGUGCACGCUAAUGCGGAUGUGGACGCUGCAGAUAACCGCAAGAUCACGCCGCUGAUGGCUGCGUUUCGAAAGGGCCAUGUAAAAGUGGUGCAGUACCUUGUGAAAGAGGUUAACCAGUUCCCAUCCGACAUUGAGUGCAUGAGAUAUAUUGCAACAAUUGCUGACAAGGAGUUGCUCAAGAAGUGCCACCAGUGUAUGGAGACCAUUGUCAAAGCCAAAGACCAGCAGGCAGCUGAAGCCAACAAGAACGCUAGCAUUCUGCUCAAGGAGCUCGACUUGGAGAAGUCGAGAGAGGAAAGUAAAAAGCAGGCGCUGGCUGCCAAGCGAGAGAAGCGCAAGGAGAAACGCAAGAAGAAGAAGGAGGAGCAAAAGAGGAAGCAGGAGGAAGAAGAGGGCCAGAAAACCAAGGACGAUUCCUUGGAUAUGCAGGAGCAGAAGGACGAUUCGGCUGAUGAAACUGAAGUUCCUCUUGAGCCCCCCAGUGCGACCACCACCACCACCAUUGGAAUCUCUGCUACUUCAACAACUUUCACUACAGUUUUUGGGAAGAAACGCGCUAGCGUGGCCACCACUCCAAGCACCAACCGCAAGAACAAAAAGAACAAGACCAAGGACUCCUCUCCGAAUGAACCCAUCAUUUUACAAGAUCCCCAGGUGGCACUAGCGCAGCACAAAGCUGACAAGAACAAGAUCCAUGGUGAACCUCGUGGCGGGGGCGGGGGAGUGACGGGAGGCAACAGUGACUCCGACCCACUUGACAGCACGGACUGUGCUAGCGAGAGCAGCAGCAGCGGUGGCAAAAGUCAGGAGUUGAACUACCUCCCCGACCUCACCUCCUCCGCAUCUUCCUCCUCUUCGUCUUCUUCCACCUCAUCUUCCUCGUCGGCUCCAUCUUCAGGUGCAGCGCAGUCGCUGCCUCUUUUGUCUGGCCCAGAGAAAAGACACUGCCCUCCGCCUCAAAGUGAAGGAAAAAUGGACAAGGUCAUGGUCUCCAUUUCCAAACCAACGCAGAAAGCUCCAGACAUGAGCGACUCCACGCCCAACUCCCUGCCGUCUCCAUUCAAGACCAUCGGUCUUCCUGUCACCUCGCCCAACAGUAAGCUCAGCCUCACUAGUCCUAAGAGAGGCCAGAAGAGAGAAGAAGGUUGGAAGGAAGUGGUCAGAAGAUCAAAGAAGCUUUCCGUACCGGCGUCUGUGGUGUCUCGAAUCAUGGGUCGAGGUGGCUGCAAUAUUACGGCCAUUCAGGAUGUAACUGGAGCUCAUAUCGACGUGGACAAACAGAAGGACAAGAAUGGGGAGCGAAUGAUCACCAUCAGAGGUGGCACAGAGUCCACAAGAUACGCUGUGCAGCUGAUAAAUGCGCUCAUCCAGGACCCAGCCAAAGAGCUUGAGGAUCUGAUUCCCCGAAAUCAUAUUCGAGCCCCAGGCUCCAAACCGGUCUCAGCCUCCUUCCCAAGCACCUCAGGGGCUAACAGUGGUUCCACCGCAGGCCCGAAAGCGCUCAGCUCGCUGGUCACUUCCACGGGCACCUCGUUCCAGACGUCGUCAUCUUCAUCGUCAUCCUCCUCUCAGGCAGGAGGGAAGCUUGGCAAGGGGCUGUCGUCAAACGUUCGGCAGCCGUUUCCGGUCUCUCUUCCGUUGGCCUACGCGCACCCUCAGCUGGCGUUACUGGCAGCGCAGACCAUGCACCAGAUCAGACACCCCCGGCUGCCCAUGGCCCAGUUUGGAGGAACCUUCUCUCCUGCGGCCAACAACUGGGGCCCCUUCCCCGUCCGACCUGUGAGCCCUGGCAGCGCCAACAGCUCCCCCAAACACAGCGGAGGGACGAAUGGGACCCCAGGCCCGGCGCGACCCAACUCCACUCACAACGAUCACAGCAACACCGCCAGCUCAGGCGCCCCCGUCACAACCACCGUCACCGCCACCAGCAGUGCUCCCAACACGUCCACGGCGACCGCAUUGCCUCAUUCCCCGAACCCCACCCCCUACAAUCCGCAAGCCAGUGUCCUGACCCCGUCGUCCGUGAGGAAGCAGCUGUUCGCUCCGGACUCGAAGCCUGCUGGAGGUCCCAGCGCGUCCGUCUCUACCACUGCCACCAGCGGCAGCGGAGCCGGACGAGGCACUGGUUCCCCUGCGCAUUACAGCUCUACUCCGACGACUGCCAGUGCCCCUCUUCACCCAGCUGGAACCGUCUCACAGGCCCCUGCUCAGCAGUCCAAAGUGGAGCCAAGUGUUGCUGCUGCCCCUGGAAAGGAAAAGGCUUUGCCAGUGGAGAGUCCUUCUGUGUCCAUGAGCGAGAGCACCAGCUCUGUGAGCGCCACCACGCCUGCCAUGGCUUUUCCUCCCAAACCGGAGCCUCGACAGCAGCUGCCCCCCCCUCCGUCGUCUGCGGCGUCCACCGACGCUCCCCCUCCACUUCUCACCGCACAGCCUAACUCCCAUCACCCGUCGGUGACCCCAACCGUUCUCCCACACAACGUUGCACAACCCAACAACACUGUCCCCCACUUCUCAGCCCCGGCACCCAGAGUCUCCCACCGUAUGCAGCCACCAGGGCCUUACUACACGCUUCCUGAGCAGCAGCAGCAGCAGACGCAGCAGCAGUCGGUGUUCGUGCCCUUCAACUCCCAGCAAGAGCAGACCAAGCAAAGCCCCAAUCAGACAGCUCAGCCCACAAGCUUGCCUCCUCAGGCCCAAACUCAGGCGCCCGGUCCCCUUCCAGUCUCUGCCAACCUCAACUUGAUGAAUGGUUCUCAGUUGCAACAUGUGGCCAACGCAGGGAAGCAAAUGCCCACCAACUAUGGAGCCGCAGGCCUUUUCAACUUCGGCAGCAUCUUUGAGAACAACAAGCAGGUGGGAACCAACCAGGUGUGGGGCGCGUGCCCCCUGCCGGCUCGCUCCCCUCCGGAGCAGUCCUACUCAGCCCCGCAGGCCUACAUGAACAUGGGCCAGAUGGAGAAUAUGAUGCCGCCGCCGCCGCCACCUGACAGCUCCAAAGCCCCCGGCUACCGUUCGGCCUCUCAGAGGAUGGUCAACAACCCCAUCGCUCUGACCAGCUAUGCCACCAGCAUCUCUGGGAGCCCUGUGUAUCUGCACGGCCACGCACCCGUCGGCACGCCCUCCUUCAGCAGGCAGCACUUCUCCCCGCACCCCUGGAGCGCAGCCACCUCAGGUAGAGAGCCACAGGUGCAGCCUCCCUCCACUGCGUCGUCCUCGACUCUCUCCACCUCAGUCAUGGCGCCGCCACCCCAGUCCAAGCAAGGCAGCGCAUCCCAGCAGGACCGGAAGGUUCCUCCGCCCAUUGGCACGGAGCGCUUGGCCAGAAUCCGGCAGACGGGCUCAGUCAACCCUCCUCUCCUCACCACCAGCUACACGGCAUCCGUCGGCCAGGGUGGGAUCUGGUCCUUCGGCGUGGGCAGCGCUUCAGAGGCCAUGUCGGGAUGGUCCCAGCCGCUGAUGAGCAACCACAUGAUUCACCCUCAGCUGCAGGCGGAACAGUCGGCCUUCUCCCAGCACCAGCCCAUGGAGCAGGACGACACCGGCAUCGCAAACCCCGUCAACAACUACCACCAGCCGCAGCACCUGCCCAGCAGCUACAUCGACUUCCCCAAGGGCAUGCCCUUGUCGAUGUACGGAGGAACCAUGAUGCCCCCCCAUCCUCCCAUGGCCGAGGGGCCCGCCGGACCCAUUUACAACGGUUCACACGCUGGUGACCCCGCAUGGAACUCCAUCAUCAAAGUGGUCCCCAGCAAUGCGGAUGGCUCGGAUCCACAGCAGCAGGUGUGGCCCGGGACCUGGGCGCCACACGUGGGCAGCGUGCACCUGAACCACGUCAACUAGGCGGCCGCAGCAACAAUCAGAGCCCGACGCAUGACCCGCGGAGCGACAACGGAUGAAACAUGUUAACUUUAGUGGAGACCUGAGGGUGCAGAGGUCGAAGCAUUGGACGAUCUCUGGACACCAGUCUUUGAUGUGCCUAUCUCAUAUGAGGAAAGAAGAAUUUUGGGAGAGCUGUUAUCGGUGUCCCCACGAUGCAAACCAACACGUUCACCUGUUCAACAGGCUCAUUCUCUGCGUAGUUUAGCAGUUUUGACUUAAGACUUAAACCCACCUACACCGUUCUUGGGCAACAGGGGGCUCGACAUGAAGUAGCUGUUUUAACUGGGCCCAGAACUAGAUGAUGAUUACCUAAAGAGAACGAGAAAUCAGAACCUUUUAGAGUGGUAAAUACAUGUAUAAUUGUUUACAUACUAAAAAGGGUUAAAAUGAGAGUAAAUUUCAUGUCGUAUAGUGGCUCUACUUUAUGUAGCCUGUAUUAAUGUGAAAUAUUUACCUUAAUAUUCAAUAAAAACAUUG